AUGCUAGACGUAGUCAUCAUCGGAGCCGGUCUCGCCGGCCUUUCGGCCAGCAUCUCCCUCCGCCGCGCGGGCCAUAAGGUGCGAAUCUAUGAGGGAUCCUCCUUCGAACAAGAGAUUGGUGCCGCCCUCAAUAUCACCCCGAAUACGGCAAGGUUCCUCAUGCGAUGGGGUCUCGAUCCAAAGGCGUCCGACUUUGUCAAGGCAGGCACCAUUCUCACGCAGGAUGCCGUGACGAUGGAGAUCACAUCGACCGAGUCUCAUGCUGACAAUGAAGAUCUCUAUGACGCCAACUUGUGGUAUGCUCAUCGUGUGGACCUGCAUAGUACCCUCAGGAAGAUGGCGACCGGUUCCACAGGCCCGGGUGUCCCCGUGGUCAUCCAUCUCAACUCGUCGGUUGCUAGAUACGACCCUGACUUGCCGGCUGCGUACCUGGAAAAUGGCGAGGAGAUUCGCGCUGACUUGAUCGUGGGCGCGGAUGGCAUCCGCUCUAUCGCACGUCAGGUAGUUUUUGGCCGCGAGAACCCACCCGUGCCGCCUACAUGCCACAACAUGUUUUAUCGAUUCCUGAUCCCGGCGGAAGCCCUGGAAGAGGACCCCGAGACCAAGUUCUGGACCGAGGAGAACGUGGAUGGUCUCAUCCGUAUAAUGCUCGACGAAAGGUCCAACAGGACGCUGACAACAUAUCCAUGUCGCAACAACACCAUCCACAACUUUAUGGGCUACACCUGGGAGAAUAAUAUCGAUCCAGCUGCCCGCGAAGACUUCGAGGCUAAGCUCGAUAAGGCGCAGCUUGUCGAGAAGUUUUCUGGCUUGCAUCCAAGCCUGAUGGCAGUAAUCAACAAGGCAACCGAUGUCCGGCGAUGGCCUUUGUGGUACCACCCUCCGGCGCCAACAUGGCGCAAGGGCAAAAUGGUCUUGGCUGGCGACGCCGCCCAUCCAGUUUUGCCUCAACAGGGCCAAGGUGGUGCUAUGGCUCUUGAAGAUGGGCUCGCAUUGGGCAUCGUGAUGUCUGGCGCUACUGAUGCCUCGGAUGUCGAAAAGCUGCUGGAGAUGUACGAAAAAAUCCGCAGAAACCGUGCCAGUGCGAUCCAGAUACUGAGCAACGUCGGAAAAGACGGGUUACUUUACGACGAAAACGAACUUUCAAAGUUCAUGUCCAAGGAGCACAUCCCCAAAACACUCAAAGAAUUCUACACUUACGACUUCGAAUAUGACGUUGCGGAUGAAGCCAUCAAGACGAUGGAGGAGUUUGACCCGUCGUUCCAUGUUCCCCAUGACUUCUUCGAGGACGACUCCUUUAACAUGAGUCUUAUUAGCGAAGAGCUGUCUAAGAUGUGUGGAUUCAUCACAGUCGAGACGUGUAUCAGUGUCGAGACUGAGGAGACAAUAUUGUGA